AUGGCGGACGACAGCCACGAGAACGGCACGAGCAACGGCGACGUCCCCGAGAUCGAGUUGAUCAUCAAGGUGAGUUUAUACCACGCGUGGAGCGAAGACGAGGAAGAAGGAAGAGAUAGAGGAAAAAGGCGAUCGUUUCGUGCACGAUAUGGGCGUGGAACGAACGACUGGUUUUCUUCCUGUCGACUUUCUUCUUCUUCCUUUCGAUAUUUCUUCUUUCUCUUCGUCUUCCAUCCGGCGGCGAAACGACCGUCCCUGACAAAGAUACAUAGCGCGCAUCGUUUAUCAUACCGAAAAUAGAAAAGCUGCUUCUGCUGACCGUUUGUGAGUAGCGUCGAACCCAUUCGUUCUCUUUCGUCUUUGUUUUUCUUAUCCUUUCUGCGAUUCGGUCGGUCGAUCAAUCCGUUGAUCGAUCGGACGUCGAUGUCAGAAUCGAUCCCGGUGACAAUGAGUCGAACUUUGAUACGUUGCUCGAACAUGGUGGCGGAGCACGAAAGGCGUUGCUCCAAAGCUUUUUUCAUAUUCGUCGAUGACUAAUUGCAAGCACAAGGAGCAUCCGACGAAUGUAUCUGUAUACAUACGGAACACCAUUUCUUAUGGAGGAAAGCGAUAUAACGCUGCUCGAAGAAACACACACGUACGUACUUGUAGACAGGGAUUCUGGUUGGCCGCGUUUUCUACGUCAUUGGCUCUUCUGUAGAAGAAAGAAACCCUUGACUCUUAUCUCUUGCAUGCGAGAUAUAUUUUCACGAUAAUGCAUUUCUUUUUUUUUUCUUGUUUCCUUUUUUUAGCUGGUUUGCUUUUACUUUGGCGGACCGAGCGUUCCUUACUCCCCAUCUCUUUCUUUUUUCCCGCCUUCGAAAAUGCAAGCAAGAUAUCGUAGCGAGCACGACGACGCAUUUACAUGGGCCGUAUCGACCUAUAGUCGCGCAGCGUUCGAUUCCAAUCGAGAACGAACUCGAUUCCAUUUCUCGGAACGCUCUUUCACCAUAUUUUCUGGGAAAACAUCUCCUUAGAGGGAAAGAGGCUUCCAUCGAUUGUCCAAUUACGAGUCGUCGAUUAAACUUUCGCCAGUUGGGUCGGUUGAAUCCGGCCUCGGACUUGCUUUACCUCUGUACGUCGUUCCUAAUCGUGCGUUGGCUAUUUCAGGCAAUGUCAAACGCGCUAAUCUUAUCUCAUCUACUCGUUUGGCAGUGUGACGCGUGUUUCCUCAUAAAUAGCUCUCUUUCGCAUCGUUGCUGGGAUUCUAACAUAUAAAUAAAUAAUUAGGUAAAUAUACGGAAAUUUAUUAUUUCGUCAAAUAUGUACGUCUUACGAGAUCAUUCAAAUUUUUAUUGAAGGAUCAAUUCACGUCUUUUUGGAACUGUUAUUUCGAGUUUGAGAACAGCUUGAAAGUUUUCAUGAGUUCAAACUAGUUUGAAAGUAUCCUAUGGAAGUAAGUAUUACACUGUUCUUCAGAUGUUUUAGAUUAGAUACGAAGAGAUCAAAGUUUUGAGUUUAAAGGGAUUCGGUCGUUGAUAUCAGAUUUUAAGCGCUCAAGGUGCCCUUAACCUAUUAAUCGGAUUAAGUCUAUAAUUAAAUUUAUGAUCACAAAAUCAAGAAGAAACAAAUCAAUCUUUGAUAUUUACGAAUUAGGUAGAAUUUAUUUUCAACUGAGAUGAAAUUCCUUGUUCAAAUCUAUAAGUGAAAAAAUUAUGUACUCUGUAUGCCUGAAAGGUUAGGUUUAGAUUAGGUUUAGGUAUAUAUGAGAAGAAUUAAUUCGUUUUCCUCGGUUAACAGGUUAAGAAUUUGCAAAUAAAAGAAAUAUUGAAGCAUACUCUUCCGUGAUCCUAAUUUUCAUGCUUCGAAUGCCUCUGGAUUUUUUUAAUCGCAAAC